CGGGUUAAGAGUUAUUUCUCUCUCGAUCUCGAACUUUUAACAUUAUUUUAAAGUGUUUCUUUCCAACUUUCGUGAUAAAUCUGCAAGUUACGAGAACAAAAAAUGCAACAAUAAAACAGAAAUUCGCCAAGUUUCGUUCCCGCAACCAACAUCAAAGGCUUAAGCUACUCACCAAAGCAUGUCUACCACAGAUCCCGGAAUAAUUUGCUACCAACAUUGCGGACCGAAAGUCUUCACAUUUACGUUACCAGAAACGUGCAAGGCAUGCAACACGAAUUUAGACUCGAACAAUUGCUCAGUACUGCCCUUCCGUUUGCCGUAUCCCUUUGUGCAGGCGUCACAACAUCCCUGUGCCGUCGUUUUGCGACCUACGAACGGAGAUUUUCUCAAUGACUACUCGAAUCAUCUGAAUUUGCAUAUCGGCGUGACGACAUCGAGUGCGGCGAUUGUCGAGUUCGAUCGAAACGGAUUGCGACGACAUGGCGUCAGCAGUAAAGCUAUGAAGACGCAAUGGGCACAAAGCUUGUUGGUAGAAAAAGUUCCCGAAGCAUGGACUGAACAUUGGGAUGAUGUGCUUCAAAUUAUUUGCAAAGAACCUGUUUGGACUCCGCAGGAUUACCAUGAAGAUCGACACAAUUGUUACACUUUCGUACUGCGAUUUUUGAAGGCAUUGGGAUUUGGUGAACUGAGUCAAUUAGCGGAAAAUAGAACCCAAUUUUGUGAAAAAUUUAUUGUACCACGUACAACGGCAGCUGGCAAAUAUAUUUCAUUGUAUCGCAAAAUUCGUGAUGGUGGUUAUUACAUUCAUCCAAUUUCGACAACAACAACUACAGAGAUGCAAACGGCAGCAAAUAGAGCAACAUCAACAACACCUGCAUCAUCAUCGAUAUUUUCUGUGAAGCGCAACUUUUAAAAGUGCAAGUUUUUUCCGAGAAGAAAAUGUGAUACAACUCUCCUCGAGUAUACUUUUAGCAAUAAGCGCGUUCACGUUCCUCUUCAGACACUCCAUGGAGAAUUUUCUGCUGGUUAGUACAUUUCAUCGCAACAGACAUUCCGACAUGAAAUGUAAUUCCAUUUGAAAUCCAUGAUCAUCAUCGUCACUAACGUAGGUGGCUCGAAAUGCAGAAUUCUGUGCUUUUCAAUUGUUUUGCGAAGAGGUAACGAUAAUUCCUCGGGGGCACUCUCGCAAUUGUUGUUAACAAAAUGUAAUAUUUUAUUUUCAUUUAUUGACAUCCACAAUGCACACAAAUACUGAAGAUAACGGCACUUGAGCCAGAGACAGAUCUCCGAUAACGAGGUCGCUGAACGAGUAACCUUGUAGAAAUAUAUUUUUUUUAGAAGUAAUUGAUAUUUAUUUAAAAAAUAAACAAUUUUUUUCGUUUUUUCUGAAAUAAUCAAAAUUUUUCACUUCACUUCGUU